AAACAACACAGGCACUUGCAACAUUCGCAGUGUACAAGAAGUUGCAAUGUACAGUCUACAUUUGUUAUGAUACGUCACUCGCCACCAGAAGGAUUACAGUUUCCGACUAGAUGUGUUUCCCUGCAUGUUUAUAACAAGAUGAGAGGGAUUUCACAAAUGAAUAGAUGAGAGAGGCUGAUGAUUCUGCCGAGAGACUGGCGGAAGAGCGGGGAUGGAAACCGGCCUUUGCGCUCGUUUGAAAGGUUUUGCAGUGCCAUAGUUAGAUGAUUUUCUGAUAAUGGAGUCCUUGGUAUUUAGGGACGUAAGGGGUGAUGUGAUAUUCGUGGAGGAGAGGUUGGAGCCCGCAUCCUGCAACAAAAGGGCCACGGAAUUCAGUGUAAGUAGUAGUCGCAUCCAGUUUCUACCGUGGCUCGGAUAUACGAGUGUCCUAGCAGCCAUAGCCUUCUUAGCUCAACUACAUACUCUUCAUCCAGCGUGGCUUCUCACAGCUGUCCUAACGCAGCUAGCAACACUUUUGUACAGAGUUCAUCGAAAAGUUGUUAGUGUAUGGGAAUCCAAAGCUAACCAGAAACUAUUACCAAACUCUCUUAAUGUCUCACAGUUCUUCUUCUCUAUUAAAGUGGUGAGUAUAGAGGAGUGUGACACACUAUAUGAAAGCAUGUUCAAAGAAUACUUGGCCGCGGUUAGCCUGCUUGAGGCAUAUCUACUGUGCAUGCCAAGAAGUUCUCUCACCAAAUUCUAA